AUGACUAUUUCUGUAUGUGUUGUUGGCGCUGGUAUAAUUGGCUUGUCCACAGCUUUACAAAUUUUACAGAAUAAUUCUGAUUUAAGACCUUGGUUUAAUAAAACGAUAGACUGGAUAGGACAGUUAAGUCAAGAAAACCCAGGAUUAGCCGGCAUUCAUCGGAUACAAUUACUGCACUUUUUUGAGCAAAAUAGGCCGGAACCUCAUUGGAAGGAAUGGAUUCUUGGAUUUCGUAAAGUAACUGAUCUAGAAAAGAGUCUAGCCUGUAGAAAGAGUACCAUUAAUGGAUGGUGUUUAUCUACAUUCUGCAUUGAUACUACCAAGUACAUGGCAUGGCUUACUACAAGGAUUCAAGAUCUCGGAGGUCGAUUUCAGCAAAGAAAAUUAACAAGCUUAAAUCAGCUAUCUGCAUACGAUAUUAUCGUAAAUUGUUCUGGAAUUGGAGCUUAUUCACUAGUACCUGAUCCUUCUGUAACUCCCGUACGCGGUCAGAUUUUAAGGGUUAAAGCUCCAUGGUUAUUCCAUUCGUGCGUUUUCGAAUAUGGUGAAAAAUUGUCUUAUGUUUUCCCAAGGUCAAGCAGUGUUGUGCUAGGAGGAACUUACCAAGUUGGUAACUGGAAUAUGAAUAUUGAUAAAAAUGAUUCGAAACAAAUACUCGAAGAUUGUUGCAAGUUAAUACCAAGUCUAAAAAAUGCCGAAAUUAUUGAAGAAGUUGUAGGUCUAAGGCCAUUGCGACCAUCAAUACGAUUAGAGAUUGAAAAAAGAAACAUCGAUCAAAAAGACAUUAAGAUUGUUCACAAUUACGGGCAUGGAGGUGGUGGUUAUAGCUUUCACUGGGGAUGUGCAAUCGAAGCAUUCAAAUUAGUUGAACAACUAUCUAGUGAGAGUGGAUUGAUAUCAACGCUGUAA